AUGGCGUCCACACCACCCACGGCAACCGCGCCCAACGCGAGCUACACCGAGAUGAAGCGUGACGUAGAAGACAUCGGGGCGCACUGCCAAAUGCCCUACUGCCACGUCCUCGACUUCCUCCCCUUCCGCUGCGAAUCCUGCCGCGGCACAUUCUGCCUCGACCACCGCUCCGAGCUUGCACACAAAUGCCCCAAGGAGGGCGAAUGGGCACGGCGGAGAAAUGGCCGCGACGGCAGUGUCCCGCUGAGCUCGCUAUCUGGGAAGCCCUCGCUGUACUCGCACGACCAGCAGUGCUACGAAGCGGCAUGCAAGACGCUGAUCAAUACCUCCCGCAUGCCCGCCAACCAGUGCGCCACCUGCAACCGCUCGUACUGCCUCCCGCACCGCUUUCCCGAAGACCACGACUGUAAGAAUGUCAAGGCCGCCGGCGCGCGCCUCGGCGCCCUCCAACAACACCGCGACCGGGGGCUCUCGGCACUCGCAAAACUCAAAGUCUGGGCCGAGGAAAAGCGCGCCAAAGACGCUGCAAAGCAGACGACCAAGAAGUCAGGCUUCCUCGGCCUGGGCUCCAAGUCCUCCGGCGCGCGCGAAGCCCUCGCCGCAGCCAACGAAUUGAAACGGAGUGCCAAGGGCGACGCGAGCGUGCCGGCGGACAAGCGCGUGUACCUGUACGUCGAGGCGAGCGCGGAUACCACCAAGGCGAAGUUCCCGACUGGGAAGUUUUACUACAACAAGGAGUGGACUGUGGGCCGGGUGCUGGAUAUGGCGGCCAAGGCACUCCAGGUGCAAAACGUCAACAACCGUGGCGGAGGCGAGGAGGAGAAGUUACGAGUUUUCCAUGUGGAGGGAGGCCGGUUGCUGAAGUUUAGCGAGAAGAUUGGGGAGCCGUGUCAGACGGGGAACAUGAUUGUGUUGCUGAGGGGUGUGGGGUCGGGGGAGCCGGAUCUGAUCGAUCUUUAG